AGUGUUGUGUGUAUUGUGAAUUGUGUUUCUCGUUCUUUCGCCCGCAUAGUUGCCUUCUUAUCGAUUUUAGAGGUUACAUAUGUCGUCUUCAGGAUUUGAAAAGCAAUGUUUACGUCAAGUAGUUUCUAAUUUUUCGUCUGUUGCAGAAUUUUUGGAAGGUCUCCCUUCUCACAACGAGAACAACUUUGCAAAUUUUCAUACUGACAAUGGAAAUCGGACAUGCGUCAAGAGACCAUCUGUAUAUCUUCCUACUAAGGAUUAUCCUUCAGAACAAAUUAUAGUUACUGAGAAAACCACCAUCUUAUUGAGGUACCUUCACCAACAAUGGGAUAAGAAGAAUGCAGAUAGAAAAAGAGAAUUUUUGUCUACUAAUGGCGAUUCACAAGAUGAUGGAUCCACAGUACGUAGUAAAAGGCCACGACUCGAUCUGAACAAUUCCCUUUAAAAUACCUCACAUUUUUUCGUAUGAAUGUAUAUUCUUGAAUAAUCAACAUUUGUAUGCGAUCUAAAUCAAUUAUUCGGGAAAACGUUAUUCAUGGCACAAGAUUACAUUGGACAAAUAUAUGAAAGUAAAGCAUACCAUUUCAAAGAAUAAUUUUAAUUAUUUUCUAUUAAUAUCAUUUUUAUAUACAAUGUUCAUAUAUUUCAUUGUAAUGUACAAAGUAUGAAUGUGCAAGUUUAUGAUCAUAAAUAUCCAUGUUCGUAUGAACCGUGUUCCAUACAUUGCCUACUUAAAUCAAUAUUGGCAAUGUAGCGAAAACAUUCUUUUUUUUGUAUUGUGAUAAUUUUAUUUACAUUAUUUUUUUGUCAUGCAAUUGUAUUCAUAUUGUAGAAAAUUUGUUUAGUAUUAUGUAAGGAUUUUAAUUGAAAUCGAUCUUAAUUAAUAUACUUACGUUUAUAUUAUAUGCUUUUGCUUGUAUAAGAAUUAUUUAUUAUUAAAAAACGCAAAAUUAAAUUUAUGAUGAGUAACUUAUGUGCUUUCUACAAAACACAUUCUUACCAUAUAAGGUAUAUGUUUCAUCAUUUAUCUCGUUUGUAAGAUGUUUUUAUAUAAAGAAUUUUUUAUAUAAUCGCUGUUGAGUGUACUUACAUAAUUUGGUAUAUUUAUUAAAUUAUUCUUUCUCCCUCUCUCUCUCUCUCUCGUAAAUUUUAUAAGUAUAUAUUACAUAUAAAUCCAAAUGAAUUCCCAAUGCUUAAAAACAAUAUCGACAAUACUGCGUUAAUAAGCGUAAGGAUGUCUUCACAAAAUUCAACAUUUUAUCAAAAUGAUUUGUACCAUGAUCAAACAGUUUAUAUCAAAAUAUAUAAUUAAGACCAUGUCACACAAAGAUGUAAGCAGUAAGCACAUUGACCACAAUCUCAAUUAAUUAUUCUUCUCCUCUCUUUCUCUCCUUACAGUCCAAGAAUAAUUAACUGUGAUUAAUCAAUUUGCUUCCUGAGA